AUGUGCCUCAGCCGGUCCGCCAGCGAGCGCUCUCUCGUCCAGAACGAGCAGAGCAGCAGCAGCAGCCUCGCGGCGUCGCCAGCGCACGCCAAGGCGGCUGCAGCCGCGUCUGCGGUCGAGGCCCAGCUGCGGCAGCGUGCGCACGCGGCCGCGCCAGAGGCGGCGCGGCAGGCCGCACGCCAGUCGCCGCUCCGCCGCGCGCGCGAUGAGUCGUCGGACGACGGCUGGCCCAGCGCAACCUUUGACACUAGCCGCUGGCGCUGGCGCGAGUUUGCGCUCAUCUACGGUGCGUACAUGACGCUGCUGCUCGCGCGCAAAAACUACGGCUUCUGGCUGCCAUCGGUGCUGUCUGAGCUUGGCGCGGGCAAGGGUGAGGCCGGGAUGCUCGGGUCCACCUUUGAGAUCGCGUACGGCUCCUGCGCGCUGCUGAAUGGCAUCUUGAUCGACCUCGCACUCUUGGUGGGCGCGCUGCUCACUUCUGCGGGCGUCAACGUCGCGCUCGGCUCGGCAGGCUCGCUCGGGAUGAUGGCGCUUCUCUGGGGCAGCAAUGGCGUGGCGCAG